CCAGCCAAGAAGAAGCAGCAGCAGCAGCUUCUCCUUUCUGCGCUCCUCGCUGUGAUCCAGUAUGCGGCUGUAAAGCAGCAGAGCUCGCCUGUCAACCGCCGGUAAACCUCAGAAGACAAAGAAGAAGUCUGUUCUAGAGGUUCAAUGGCGUUUUAUCUGUCGUUUUUGUGUGUUGUUUGUGUUGUAAAUGUGUCGUGGGCUCAAAUCUACUCUGCGCUCUAUGAUGAGAAAACAUCCCGUCUGUUCCUGAAAGAGGGAUUUCAGCCCGACUCUGUCGCGGUCGCCAACUUCACAAGCGACAUCAACAACACGGGGUGGGCGUAUCUGGAGGUCAGCACCAGUGGUGGUUAUAAUGACACACUGCAGGCGUACGCUGCUGGAGUCGUGGAGGCUGUCGUCACCUCAGAGCUCAUCUACAAGCACUGGAUGAACACACUGAUGGGUUACUGCGGUCCGUUUUCUCGCGACGUGAACUACUGCCAGCGGCUCAAAGACUACAUCACCACCAACCUGCAGUGGGUCAUGCAGCAGAUGGACGCACAAGCAGACACUCCCUACUGGCAUCAGGUGCGUUUGUCUUUGCUGCAGCUGAAAGGUCUGGAGGAUGGAUACAAUGGGCAGAUUGAGUUUCCGUCUGGAAGCCUUUCCAUCAACCCCUUUGGCUUCCUCCUUUUCCAGAUGGGUGGAGACCUGGAGGACCUGGAGGCUGCGCUGAACAAAUCCAGCCAGUCCCGCACCGUAGGAUCUGGCUCCUGCUCGGCUCUGAUCAAAUUCCUUCCGGACCACAAGGAUUUGCUGGUGUCACAUGACACCUGGAACACCUACCAGUCAAUGCUAAGGAUACUGAAGAGAUACAGCUUUUCUUACCGCACGUCUCCCACAGAAAAGGUGAUCAUUCCUGGCAGAAUCCAGGUGUUUUCCUCCUAUCCUGGCAGUAUUUUCUCAGGGGAUGACUUUUAUUUACUCAGCAGUGGUUUGGUAACUCUAGAAACUACAAUUGGCAACAGUAACCCUGACCUGUGGAAAUUCGUGCAGCCCGAUGGUGCUGUCAUGGAGUGGCUGAGAAAUAUAGUAGCGAAUCGACUUGCUAAAAGUGGUCAAGAAUGGACUGACAUCUUCAAAGUGUACAACAGUGGAACGUACAACAAUCAGUGGAUGGUGAUCGACUACAAGGUCUUUGUCCCGGGCCAGGGAUACACAAAACAAGGGCUUUUCACAGUUUUGGAGCAAAUACCUGGAAUGAUCAUAACAGCAGACAAAACUGAAGAACUGUUUCAGACUGGAUACUGGGCCAGCUACAAUAUCCCGUACUUUGAGAAAGUGUUCAAUGCGAGCGGAGGCCAGGAGCUGGUUCAGAAAUACGGAUCCUGGUUCUCCUUCACUGACAAUCCAAGAGCGCAGAUUUUCCGCAGAAACCAGACUCUGGUUACUGACAUUGAGUCCAUGGUGCGUCUGAUGAGAUAUAAUAACUAUAAGGAGGACCCUUUGUCCUGGUGUGAUGCCUGUGACCCUAUUCCGAACGGUGAGAACUCCAUCUCGGCCCGCUCGGACCUGAAUCCUGCCAACGGCACGUAUCCGUUUGGGGCUUUGAGACAGCGGCCGCAUGGUGGGACUGACAUGAAGAUGACGAGCGCUGACAUGUUCAGGCGGUUCGAGCUCUUGGCUGUCAGCGGACCCACAUGGGAUCAGGUGCCCGUCUUUCAGUGGAGCAGCUCGCCGUACAGCAAACUCCUGCACAUGGGCCAUCCGGACCGCUGGGCCUUCGACACCGUCCACGUCAGAUGGUCCACAUGAAUGGCUUUUCUGACAGUGCAUGAUAUUAUGACAGCGAUCUCAGGAAGAAGACAGCCGCAGUACUUUGAUUGAAAAGACUGUUUUGAUUUAAAGAAGUGUUUGUGCUUUAUGCUGCUUUAAUGUUGCUCUGACAUGUUCUGUGUCUGUGGAAUGACGAUCAGUCAAGAUGUUGUGAUUGUUCUGUUGCUUUUUUGAAUUCCCUAAGUCUUGCACAUAAUUCUGGGGUGCUAUAUGAAGUGUUGGCCCUCAGUUUCAGACUCUGCUCAGUGUUUCUGCUUUUGACACAACCCAGAAUGUUUUACUUUUCUUUUUUUCUCCAGGCGAAUUGUACAGUUAAUUAUCAUCCAGCUGCUGCUUAUCACAUAUUGAACACUUUUAAAUGGAUAAAGCUCAUGCUUUACUCUCAUUCUGAAUCACUAUUAGUGGAGGUUUAAUUCUGAAACACAAGCAGAUAAAGACUGAUUUAUGUUUUUAAUAAAAAUAAAUAAAUCAGAAGCCAA